AUGUGCGCGGGGGCCAUGGCGCUGUGGCGGGGGCUGCGCUGCUGCCGCCGCGCCCUCGCCUGGCUGCCCGUGCUGCUCAUCGCGCUGCUGCUGCUCUGGUCCUACUACGGAUACGUCUGCGAGCUCUGCCUCGUGACUGUGAGCAACCCUGUGGAGAAAGUGGCCUAUCUUGUAAUAUUCCAUAUUCUCUUUGUGCUCUUUGUGUGGACAUAUUGGAAGUCUGUUUUCACUCUCCCAGUGCAGCCAGACAAAAAGUUCCACAUGUCCUACGCUGACCAGGAGCGCUAUGAGAACGAGGAGAGGCCGGAGGUGCAGAGGCAGAUCCUCGCCGAGAUCGCCAGGAAGCUGCCGGUGUACACGAGGACAGGGAAUGGAGGUAUUCGGUUCUGUGACAGAUGCCAGCUGAUCAAACCUGAUCGUUGUCACCACUGCUCUGUCUGUGCCAUGUGUGUGCUAAAAAUGGAUCAUCACUGUCCAUGGGUGAAUAACUGCAUUGGAUUUUCUAACUACAAAUUCUUUCUACUGUUCUUAGCCUAUUCUUUGUUGUAUUGCUUGUAUAUUGCUGCAACAGUCUUCAAGUAUUUCAUUAAGUAUUGGACAGGUGAACUGACCAAUGGACGUUCCAAAUUUCACAUCCUUUUCCUUCUCUUCGUGGCAAUCAUGUUCUUUGUGAGCCUCAUGUUUCUGUUUGGAUACCACUGCUGGCUCGUUAGCAGAAACAGAUCCACCUUAGAGGCUUUCUCAGCUCCAGUGUUUCAAAAUGGCCCAGAUAAAAAUGGAUUCAAUCUUGGCUUUGUAAAGAAUCUUCAGCAAGUGUUUGGAGAAGAAAAAAAGCUCUGGUUGCUGCCUAUUGCCUCAAGCCAGGGGGAUGGACAUUUUUUCCCCAUGAGAGCCUCGUGUGAAGCUCGUAACCCUCUCCUGGCAAAUGAAGAGCAGUGGGAAGAGGAUGGAAUAGAUGAAGAGCCCCAGGGUUCUGGUGAAGCCUCAGCCCUUGUCAUAGAAAGGGAGACAUAGCAGUGUGACAGUGCAGCCGGGUAAAGCUUGAGCACAAAGAUUUCAGCUUCCCUCUCAGGAGCCUACACCUUCUCUUGGCUUGGACUUCAGUUUUGAGGGGCAGAAAACAAGUGGAUCUUCAAGAUGAGAAAACGUCCUGAAGUGUCACCCAACUGGAGUCUGCAUCUGAGAGUGCUUCUCCAGAAAUCCUGCUGUCCAGAUGGCCCAAGACUUUAUAAGUUUCAGUUACAGAGUUAACAGAACAGUUUUAUAGAGUGAUUGUGGCCAAUCUUCUUUGGCCUGCUCUCUUUAUUUUAUAAAUACUAUAUAUUUUUUAUGCAAAAAAGGUAAAAAUGUUGAUGAGAGUGCACUUCCAAAGGCCUUUUCAUUUUUCAAACGUCAGGGACUCGAGUUCUUGAAAUUCUACCAAGCCAUAAUAUUCUUGGGGAUGGUUAUUUAUUUUGAGGCUGAUUCUCCAACCUUCUCUGACAUUUUCUACUGUGUUUGAAGUUCUGAGUCAGUUCAGCCCAGUGCGAGACAGACCCAGUUAAAUCUGGCACUAAAUUGGUAGUUGGGUGUAAAUAUAUUGAAAGAAAAAGUGCUGAACAUGCACACUGACAUGUGCAGCUGUGAAUGCAAAUAAAAUAUUCCCAUUGCCAGUAUCAAGAUUCAAGAAUAUUGUGGCCAUAGAUUUUUUUAACUUUUUUUAGGAGGGUGUUAUUGUCUUAGAGUUUGGUUACAGUGCUCUUUGCCCAGUCCUACUUUCAGGCACCUGAAAUGCAAACAGGAACUUCAGACAGUCCAGUUUGCAUUAAUUCCUAGGGCCAAAAUGUCCACUCAUUCCUGGAUCGGUGUUUGAUGGAAAUUUGUGUGUUUGUGGAAUCAGAAAGGAAGGUGUGAAUUCGAAACACAGGAGUUGGAAAUGACAGUGAAAGUUUAGCUCCAACAGUGGUGUUUGGAGUUUACACUCCACACGAAAUGCUGAAGAGAUAAUUGAUAUAUAGAGUUUUUCAGACUUCUUCCCAAACCAGUGCACUGACUGGUGGUUCCAGGGGUUUCAGCACUAGGUGAUCAGAUUUUUUUUACAUUUUGCUCCAUUUGCAGGCAAAGGGAUGUAUCCUGGUUCUGUUCUGGGGAAGGGAACUGACCCUUUGGCCGGAUUAUACACAUUUUUCUAGACUUGACUGGUUUUAUUUGCAUGAUUCAGCCCUGGCAGCUCCAUCACUCAUGUCUGAAUUAGGUGCAUGCUUACAGUAUUAGUGUACUGCCUUUAAGAUCCUUUGGUACCAUUUUC